UAUUUCAGGCAUAGCUGUUUUGGUGCCGGUAGUGAAGAAUCGCUGUGUUGUGUAAGGCGCUAGCGAGCUUUAGCUGGCCUGCUAGGAGGCCGGUGAGAUUUAGCAUCGCGGCUCCUUUUGUUAGCACUACAGCAGCCAUUCAGAGAAAAACGAGUGAACAGUGAGAGUAACUUUACUCACGUCUACGUUGAAGGAACUCCCUCUUUACAAUAAGCUUACAGCUGCACCGUUGCAGAGAUGGAGUCUGAUGUGAACACUAUUGUUGAGAGUUGUGAUCCAACUGAAUCUAUCCGUAGUGAAGGAAAUGUCCUCAGGGAUGGCAGUGAAACACCACGAAAGAAAAACAAGAAGCACAAAAAGCACAAAAGUAAGAAGAAACGCAAGAAGAAGAGAGAUGAAAAAGAUAGCAGCUCUGAAUCUGGAGUGGAAUCAGAUCAAGGGUCUCAAACAAAGUCAAGCAUGAAAAAAGACGAGUCCUCCAACUUUGAGUCUGGCGAUCGUGAUAAAGAUAAAGAGUCGGCAAAAAAUUCAGUUGCAGAACCGCAUGAUGAUGAGUACAAGGUCAGAAAAACAAAGCGUCAUACAGGGAAAAAGAAGAAAAAGAGACGAAAAGAAGAAGAAAAGCAACAGAGAAAUUCUCCUCGUUCACGUUCAGCAAGUACAUCUGAAUCUGCUGAGUCUGAAUCUGAAUCUGAGUCAAAGGUGCCACAAGCACUGGACCCCUCUAGCUUGAAUAAGAGAUCACCAGUGACUGCAUUGAAGCUUUCUAAUGACGGCUGUAAAGAUAUGCUUCUACCAGACGAUAAAAAGGGAGAUGUUACUAGCAAAUCUGAGCAUAGUGAGGAGCAAUGCUUAAAACCAGCAUGGAGAGAGGAAGAGUCUCUGCAGGAUGCACAUUUGCAAACUGUAGAUGUAGAACAGCACAGUGAAAAUAAUAAUAUCAAAAGUGAGAACCUGGAAAAGAAUGGAAGUUUUAACAAAACUCGGGAGCUCCCAGAUAUAAUCCCCAAGCAGGAGAAUGUACACAAAGAGCAGUUUAUAAAGAACAUAGCCACGGAACCACAUGAGACUCAGAGAGGAACGGGAGAUAAGGAGUCUAGUUUAAGGUCUCGAUCAGGUUCUUAUGAUAAAUCAAGCCACAGUCGUUCAAGAACUCCAAAGCAAUCCACCCAUAUUUCAGCACGCAGGAAAGAUAAAUCACAAUCCAGAGAAAGGUCUGUUUCUAGCUCGAGAAGGAACAGUAGCACACAAAAAAGGCAUUCAAGGUCACCAUCAGAAAGUCGCAGGUCGCGGUCAAGAUCUGUCAGAGGACCAAAGCGCAAAUCGAGGUCUCUGUCUGGGAAGCGAAGGCGUCGCUCUGACUCCAGGUCCAAUACCAGAACCAAGCGAUCCAGGACCAAGUCCCCUCGACGUGGUCGGCGAACAAGGUCGCGAUCUGUUGCAAAGCUGCGCCGUUCUCGGUCACGGUCCAAACGAUCACUUUCUCGUAGAAAGCAUCGCUCAAGGUCACGCUCGAGAUCUGCUCGGAGAGUCAGGCACUCACAAUCACGCUCUCGACGGAUGACACCACCAUCCCGUACAAGAAAGUCUCGGUCCAGAUCAAUCAGGAGAAGGAGACGAACCCGUUCAAGGUCCAUUGUGAUCUUCAGGCGAUCUCGAUCCCGAAUGAGGAGAAACAGACGCUCUAGAUCAAGAUCUAGAAACCCAAGAAGGCGAAGCAGAUCUUCCUCUCCCCUGCGCUCCAGGCGGUCCAAAUCAAAAUCCCCUAUUAGACAAAGGAGGUCAAAAUCUCCACGUAAGAAUAGGUCAGAAUCAAGAUCUCCUAAGCGAAGUAAGCGGUCAAAAUCACGCUCUCACCAUUCAAAGACUGCCUCACCUAAAUUUAGUAGAGGAGCAAAAAAAGGUAAGAGUAAGCGAUCAAGAUCAAAUUCACAGAAAGACACAUCUAGGUCUAGAUCUAUUUCAAGAGGAAGACUUUCCUCAGAUAGAAGUCAGUCUCCAGCUAAGAGUAAAUCUAGAUCUUUGUCACCAGACAAAGACCAAGAUUCAUCAGCGUCAAAAAUAGAAGACACUGACAGAAAAGUAGCCCAGGCAGCUCCAACAGAAAAGUGGAAGCCACUGGUGGAUAAAUAUCCAUCUCCAAAAAACACCUCAACUGAGAAUUCAGAACAAACAGAACUUGAAUUGAAAAAUAUAAGCUCCAGUAAAGAGUCUCAGAUCACCAUGGAGGGCACUGAGAGGCUAAAUGCUUCUAGAUCAAGGUCGUCUUCAUCAGAACCAUUACCUCAGGAUGGCAGUUCUGGGUCAGAUGAUAAUGAGCAAUCUGAUAACUCAAGAUCACGAACACCAAGUCCAGCCAAAAAAAAGCCUAGCAGGGUGUCCAAGUCACCUAUUCGUCGGAAGCGUUCUAGGUCUACUUCAUCAACCCAUAAGGCACGAUCUAAAUCAAAGUCUGUUAGUGGUACGGAAAAGUCUAAAACUCCUACAAGGAAGCGAAGAUCCCGAUCUUCCUCACACAGCAUAAGAAAGAGGUCAGCUUCUAGAUCCCCUGUCCGGCGAAGGAAGUCACGUUCAAGAUCAUUAACUCAAAGGGGAAAAUCGAGGUCUAAAUCUCGUACCAGGAUCAAGCGCUCAAAGUCUAAAUCUCCUAAAAGAAAACGCUCUAAGUCUAGAUCACCAGUAAGAAAAAGACGAUCCAAAUCACGCUCUCCUGCUCGAAGGAAAAGAUCAAAGAGCCUAGAAAAAAGCAAACGAUCAAAAUCUCGAUCCCCUACCAGAAAGAGAAAGUCACGAUCUCGUUCAAGGGCCCAUCAUUCACGAUCUAGAAGAUCUCGCUCAGCAUCCCGUCGGAGGAGACCCGUAUUUCGAGGUCAUUCUUUUGACAGGCGAGAUCGAUGGAAGCGAGAGCCAAGCCAUUCUCCCAUUCUUAUUCUCCGUAAAAGAAGAUCCACCUCAAGAACGCGUCGUAGUGCUAGCAAGACUCCACCACGCCUCACUGAGCUGGACAAGGAUCAGCUAUUAGAGAUUGCUAAAGCUAAUGCUGCAGCAAUGUGUGCUAAAGCAGGGAUGCCCAUCCCAGAGAGCCUUAGGCCCAAGGCUAUACUUCAGUUACCAUUGCCAACUCCUGCUCCACCCCCUCUGUCUUUGCCGCUGCCCCUGCCAGUUCCCAACUUGCCCAUGAACAUCCCAAUGGGAAUACCUGGUAUGCCUGCAAUACCAAACAUGCCAAUGAAUGCUGCCAUGGCUAGUAUGACAGCAGCCACCAUGACUGCAGCAUUGUCUAACAUGGGAGCCUUGGCAGCCAUGCCCCCUAUGCCGCCACUGCCCACCAUAACGAACAAACCUCCCCCAGCUCCUACUCCAAAUCUGGCAAACAUUGAAGAAGUGAAGAGAAAAGUGGCACAGCAGGCUAACAGCAUCAGUAUUAAAGAGCUGACAGAGAAAUGUAAGCAGAUUGCAGAAAGUAAAGAGGAGAUGGGUCUCUGAGGACUGUGGAAAACAGUAAAUGACCUAUUCGUGGUUAGCAGUAACAUACCAUAAUUGUGACCCACUGAUCAAAGCUGAAAGAGUAGAAAAAAAAUGAAGAUGCCACUGGAUUUUAAAUUGUAAACUAGGACACAGUACUGAUUCCCAUGGAUGGUUCAUCAGUCAAAUUUUCCUGCGACGCCAGCGUAUGUGGCAGAGUUGUUCUUGUCACAGGACUUUAUCUGCUAGAUGAGAUCAUUUUGUGUUGGGGGAAAAUCAAAGGCCUUCACAUUUAUCAAAGCAAACACACUGCUUGGUCAGAUUCACAGUGAAGUAAUGUUUGAAUUUUAAUGUGAUUUUUCUUGACCGUUAAAUCAACUUUUUUUCAAACUGCACUCUUGUGGAUUUUUUUUGUUUGUUUGUUUUUUUUUGUUUUGUUUUGUUUACAGUGUGAAUUAUAGACCACCAAGCUCCAUGACUUGCAUCAACUGUAAAUCCAAUAUAAACUGUAAAUCUCAUUUAUAAAGUACUUUUGUGAUCAGGAUUAUUUUUUUGUUUUUCCUUUGUGAAAUGUUUUUUUUUUUUAUUUUUAUUUUUAUUUUAAGAAACUAAAAUUUGAGGAUAAUUUUCAUUAAAUGCUAUGCUUCAUAGAUGAUAUUUUACUUGUGCAGGUUUGCAGUUGUUUGUGAUCUGAUCUAGAACUGGGAAUUAGAAAAAAGUCUCACUGUACUGGAUUUUAGCCUGAUGGGUGUACAAUGGCAUUUUAUCUUUAUAAUUUCAGAUGAUUGGAAAUGUAUAUGGCCAGUAGAGGUUUGGGGUGGGGGUGCUUUUGUUUAUGCUAUUCGACAUUCUCAGAAUGGUCAAAUUAAAGUGCAUAAUAUGUACUUAGAAUAACUGCUCUGGUUGAGACACCUGUACUUUUUGCUAUAUGUUCAGUGACUUGUUUGGUGUUUAUUUCUUCAUUUUGGUGCAUUUAAAAUUGUCCAGGUUUUUUUUUUUUUUUUUUUGAUGCAAUUUCUGAAUUUUUUUGGAGACAUUAUCCCCAUUUUAUUACUCAUUAGGAAAUACUGUUUAUCAGACAAGGUUUUUUACACAUCCCUUUAAAGCUUUGAAUUUCUCAUUUUGAACUAGAAGCCCUGAAGCAUGUAAAUCACUGCUUCUCAUAAUAGAAUCUCUUGGGAUAAUUACAUGUGGCCUUCAGCAUUGGAAUAAGUACUACUCUUGCCAGUUUCAUAAUUUCUCCCAAUGCUGGCACAAAUCUCAUGUUUGUGAUGAGAGCCAUGAAUACUACAGUUAGUGGGUUUUGUUUAAAGAAUGGUUAAGACAAUGAAUGGCAAAUAGUUGCAAGAUUGUCUGUACAGUCGCAGACUACCAAAAUAAAUUACCUACAGUUUUUAACAUCCCCUGCUUAUGCCACUCUUUAAUAGGAAUGUAAUCCACUUGACGAUUGGUAUUUAAAAUACUGUAAAAUAAUUGGUACUCAACCAGUACGAGGCAGUGUGUAUUAUUGUACCUUUUGUGCAAGUACCAUGUUCCUAUCAUAGUGUUGUAUUCAAAAUUUUGAUUACACCGUAUUGUUUGGAUUUUCCUCUGCUGUAAGACAAGCCUGCUAUGUACAUAUUGCACCAUAUGAUUAUUAAAACAAAUGCCCAUGA